AAGAGCGAGAGGUGCGCUUCCCCGGGACUUGGCGCACUAACACCUUCCCUCCGCCACCGGCGGAGGUGUGGGGGUGAGGCCUCGGAGAAGGUGUCAAUCCUAGCGCUGCUCAGUGACCAUCGCGGCACCACCCAAGUAACACCUUCGAUUCUCGCGUCACCGGCGCCGUCGCAGCUCGUUUCCGGAGGCGCUUGCAGCAACAAACCAAACUCGCCACCACCGCAGUAUCACAUUGCAGUGUAUACCUUGGGGUGCGCGUCCGUUAUCACUGGCAAUUAUCGUAUACACAUUAUUAUUUACUUGCACCAGGCACGCAAGCUCGUCGCUGUUCUUGUGGACAUUCUCGUCACUUGGUGCAUACGUCUACAAUAUAGUAACAAAUACGGUGUGUAAAUAAAAGUGCGUGGGUGGAUGAGUUUAGUUUAACGCACAUAACCUCAAAGAGGCCAGCGUCCCAGCCGUGGGGUUGAAUUGUGUGGCCCAGGUUGAUGCUGUGACAGUGUACACCGUGUAUGAGACGCAGAAUAGAGUACACAAGCCAGGCCGUUGUACCGUGGUCGUCUGUCGGGAGGUGGUUCGCCGGCCGUCGGAAGCGUCAACCGGCGUUGCCUAGAAUAUUUUUGUUUCGCGCGCGACGCACACUAAAUCUGCAAAGAGAAAUAAAAAGGGGGAGGGUUGCAUGCACGCACGCUCACCCUAACCGUUUCUCUGGCGAGCCUUGCUAAAAAAAAUGCGGUGCUCCCACAGUCGUCAACCUUCGUUUCACUCAGGGUGUCCGUCUCCCCGUUGUGAUAAACUGUCGGUGUGACAAGUUGAGUUUUCAGUGUCAGUUGCGGUGCGUGCAGCUAAUGGAGCAACGCAACGUCAACGAAAAUGACGACGACGAUGGAACUGGAAAUCACCAGGACAAAGUGCUUUUGCUGUCACAGUUUUGUAGGAGGCACCACACGGCUUCGCGAUAAGAGCGACCAAGGGGCAUCAUCUCUGGUCUUCUCUUGAAGAGAAUACGCCAAAAAUUUGUUUUAUUCAACGCUGGACACGAGAUACAACAUUGCCGGAUAUAAAUAAAGAGUGAGUGAAAGUGCGUGUGUGUACGUAUGUGCGUGAUACAUAUCAAUUGACAGUGUUCCUGAGAAUUAUUUGGAGCACCCGUGUGGCUGCCGAGACAAAGUUAACUGACUCUGACAAAUUUGGCUGUCUGGCCAAUGUUGGUACAGAGCAUAAUAAAAAUUGAAAAAAGACAAAAAAAAAACAAUAGACUUUAGAUUGGCGUAACAAAAGUAUUAAAAAGCGUAUCGAGGGUGUUUUUUGUAAGAACAAGUGGAAGAAGAAGAGUAGUUAAUCGGAGGGCCCUGGACAGUUGAGUCACUCGAAGAGUUAAAUCUCGCGCGACUCGCAGGGCAGCGCUGCACCGAUUCUCGAUGAGAUUCGAACAGGAUACAGCGUGCAGGGGUACCCACUGCGCCAGCACUCCGCUCCCACCGGCCGCCUCUCUGCAGCAGCAUCAACAGACCCACGAUUAUCACAAUCACCAUAAUCAUCACCACUACCUGUCCCACCAGCUUCACCACCUCCAUCAGAACUACAGCAGCCACUUCCAGCAAGUCCUUGCCCAGCAGCACCAGCGCCUCGCCGAGCUGAGCCACCCGCAGCUGCUACCGCGCGCCCGGCAGUCCCGGAGCCCCGCCGGCGACACGGCCGCCGUGGUCGCAGCAGCAGCCACAGCUACCAUCAUACCGGUCCGCGAAGACAACGACUACGAGGAAAACAACAACAACAACAACAACAACAACAACAACAACAACGAAGACAGCAGCAGCAGCAGCAGCAGCAAGGACGACGACGACGAGGAAGAGGAGGAGGAGGAUAAAAAUCGUGACGGACCGUCCCCGGCCAAGAGAAAGCGCCACGAGCAGCAUCAGGAACGAAGCAGUCCGGCCGCUGUCGCGCCUGCACCAGCCACGCAGGAGCCAGAAAUUCCCGAGGACGCCUCCCCAGCCGGCAAGACGGUGCUCAAAACGGAGCAGGCCGGCCCCGGCAUGGCGUACCCAGCCCCGGCCGCCGCGAGCCUCAGCAGCAGCCGGCACUCGCCCUUCGGGGCAGCGGCGGCCGCGGCGACGUCGUCGUCGUCCAGCGGUAGCCUGAUGGUCGGCGCCUCGCAGCCCGCGGCCAACGGCAGCCCGAGCAACGGGCGACUCUUGCUGCCGGCCCCGGCUGCCCCCAGGCCCACCGACUUUAGCGUCUCGUCGCUAUUGACGGCCGCUACCAGUCAUGCCCCGCACUCGGGAGGUGGUGGCGGCUCCUCCUCUCAGGAUAGCGCCUCGCCACCACCCGGGGCCGGGGGUCCGAGUAGUCCGGCUGCCGUGCCCGAGAGCCCACCACCGCCCCAGCGCUCGGCGAGCGAUCCACUGUCGUCGGCCCACCACCCGACGAGCGCCUCGGUGGCCGCGGCCAACUACUUUGGGGCGGCGGCCCUCGCUGCGGCGGGCUUUUACAGUCCGGGGCCCCACUUACCCCCGGCCCCGGGCUCGCCCACCUCGGUGGCUGCCGUGGCUGCUGCCCACCACCUACAGAGCAAGGCCAUGCUCGCGGGCACGCACCACCACCCGGCCUUCAGUCCCCAUGGCAUUGGGCCCUCAGGUCUGGGCCUCGGGCCUCAGACGACGGAGGAGGCCCACGCGGUGCUGGCGGCCGCUGCGGCUGCGGCCCUUCACCAUCACCAUCACCAGGGAGCCGGAGCGGCGGGGCCGGGUGGCAUGAGGCCCCUGAGGCCACCCCUGCCCCACGGCAUGCUACCCUCGCCCCACCCGCUCGCUGGCCACCAUCCGCUCGCGGGGCCGCACCCGCACCUGGUACCUCCACCGCCGCCCGAGGAGGACGGGGUCGUCGACGAUCCCAAGGUCACCCUCGAGGGCAAGGAGCUCUGGGAGAAGUUUCACAAACUCGGCACCGAGAUGGUCAUCACGAAGAGUGGCCGACAAAUGUUCCCGCAGAUGAAGUUCCGAGUAUCGGGGCUCGACGCCAAAGCCAAAUACAUCCUUCUCCUGGACAUUGUAGCCGCGGACGACUACAGAUACAAAUUUCACAAUAGCAGGUGGAUGGUGGCGGGCAAAGCGGAUCCGGAAAUGCCGAAGAGGAUGUACAUCCAUCCGGAUUCGCCGAGCAGCGGUGAGCAGUGGAUGCAAAAAGUCGUAAGCUUCCACAAGCUCAAACUCACAAACAAUAUCAGCGACAAGCACGGCUUUGUAAGUACUGUAC